CUUUAUUUAUUUAACGCCGAUAAUUCUCUUUCAGCGACUUGUAGUAAACAAAAACAGCUGAUCACAAUAAAAAUAUAACAAAACACUUUUAUUAGCAAACGAAACUUUAAGAAUAUUUUCAUAAAAGAAUGUCGCUUGGCUACACAUUUCUUGGUUGUCCAUUUUUAAUGAAUAUCGAUAACAAAGAAAUACUUUACGAGAUACUAAAUUACUCCAUUGAUGUACUACUUAAUAAUAGCGAUGAACAUCAAAUGGAAAAAAAUUGUCAUAAGUAUGGAUUCCAAAAUGUACACGACUUCAUGUUGAUGACACGAAAAAUUGCACGCGCCUAUAAGACUUAUUAUGAAAAUGAGAAUGCCACAGAAGCGGACCUACUAUAUGAAUUCAGUAACCUAAGUCCAGAACUCCAACGUUUAGUGCCGGCCGUAUAUGAAGCACGUAAAUCGGAAAUUGAAAAGUAUAUGCUACAGUUGCAGAAUGCUCAGGAAAAUCCUUUGGUGUUAUCAUUCGACUACGAUGCACGCGUUGUACUUGGUGACAGUAGUUUCGCACAAAAUUUUCGAGAAUUAGUACGGAUAUAUUUUAAUUGUUGUGACGCAAAUGGCAAAUUGAGUAAAUUACAUUUUGAAAUGGAUUCAAAAAAAUUGAAUGAAUUUAUUGCUGUUUUAGAAGAUGCCUUAGGUAAAGAUGAAAAUAAAAAUAAUCUUGCACAUUCCUAAAUUUAUAA